UCAAAGCGAACCCCCCGCGAUCCUUGCUGCUGAGUCGACAGGGAUCAGUCGACUCCUCCCUCCGUCAUUGCGCCCGGGAUAAUCCCCCUCCCAGAAUACUCGACGUCGCAGUGUCUUCAACCACUGCCCAAUUUUUGCCCCCCUUCUCUUCUGGCUCUCUCUCUCUCUCUUUGCGUUUCUCGGAUGCCUCAGCCUCAGUGACGUUAUCUCUGUAAUACAAUAUCUGGUAAGUAAUUCUCCCUUCCUCCUACAUACACACAUCCCACUUCUUCACCUCAUCUUUCUCGUACGCACAAACACGCUAUGCAUAUGGUCUAUACUCGGCACAACCAUCCACAGUGUAUGGAACCAUAUGGAGACCUUGCAUGGAUUCAUUCAUCCUAUUUUUGAGACUACGCCCGCCCAUUCAACAUUCACUUGAGUCUCCUAACAAAGCUGACUCGCCCCUCUUUUCCGACGGUACUGCAGAUGCAUGCAGUUGGAUUUCCACUACGGAGUACAGUCCACAACAGACAGACUGGGACGUUUCGACAGCGAUCCGACGACAGAGUCCACCCAACUCCAGCCCGACCUGCUAGCCCGACCUGAGAACCCGACCUGACAACCAGCCCAUUUGACGGGGGUCUUCCACCACAAACACGACCAGAGGAACGGGAAGAGAGCAGACUGAAGUGAUCUGAGAAGAAACUGGGACCCCGCCAUCUCUCAUCAACCAAAAAGAAUCCACCUCACAUCCCAUUUCAGCGGGUAUCCCAACGACUUGCCCCUCCUCUUUCUCUCAUUCACUCUCCGUGCAAAGGGGGAAAAAAGCGAACAAAUAGGGCACCAUCCACUUGGUAGCUCUAUCGCCCAAAAUCAGAAAACAAAGUGAGACACAUCGACGCCCAAACAAGCGACAAGCCGAAAAAGGGCGCCAAAGCACCUCCAAGUCAAAGCGACCGAGAGGGGAAAGAAAAAAAUUUAGGAAAGUGAGAGAAGACGAGACCAAAUUUCCUUAGGGCGGAAUUCCUCACGUGGUUGCGACGUGCGUCCUGCCGCUACGGCCGUCCCGCUUCAUAUCCAUCUGUUCAAGGUGGUCAGCGCCCAACCCAAUUCCCGACUGCCCCUCCUCACCUCAUCCUCCUCCGUCGACGUGCACCCUCGAGGCGCUGAGCAUUCUGCCUCAUCCAACUCAUCCGGAAGAGAAAGCACCUCGGCGGCCACAAGCGAUAGCCACAAGUAGCACGAUUUGUCGACGACUCAACUAGUCAACGUUGCCAUGGAUCACCGCUACUCUUCAUCGCGGUACACCACCGCUCGGCCGCGGUCGCCGACUUUCAAUCCUGCCAGGGCUUCGCUUCCCACCAGUAUUGGCUACAGUUCCAUGUACGGGGGUGAUAUUCAUGUCAUGCCCACGUCUUCGACGAGAUAUGCCUCUGGCAGUUCUCGAAGCCAUCAUUCCGGCACGCCGACAACCACGACCACUACCUAUGCAGUCACCAAAGACCCCCUCGCCCGCGGCCCAGGCCUGAGAGAAGCGAGCCGCAAUCGCUCUCAUCGCUCAUCGACCCUCGACUCAACCUCUGCCCGCCCAGUCAUUGUUACCACGACAACCCGACCGCCGCAGGCCAGUUCGUCGUCGCACCACUCGUCGAGCAACAGACAUAGCAGCCCGACUCGCGAUGAGUAUCGCUCCAGCGACUCGACAUUUUACACGCAGCCUGCGUCAUCCAUACGUUCCCGAAGCCAUCACCGCGGUGGCUCUUACAGCGCAACCAUGGACAACGAAGAAUUCACCCGCAUGCGCGAGCGAACCCUCGAUCCUACACCGUCUAGGCACGAUUCGUACCGCCCUUCGAGGUCUUCGGCCAUUUACACCAAUAUCUCCCGCCAUGGAAAUGCCCCAGUCGACAUUGGCGGCACGGAUGGCUACGAAUAUACUACUCCAAGCGAUUUGGCAAGAUACGAUUUGGAUCACACCCGACCACCUUCACGAUCACGCAGGCGAGAGAGCAUCGACCGUGGCUAUUACCGACCGAGUGUUAAUGUUACGACAACUGAAAGCACUAGUCGCGCAUAUGAUGGUGGUCGACAGCGAGCAGGUCCUCCGCCCACCACCUGGGGCUUGGAUAAGAUCAAUCGCUCUUCUACGAACGUUUACGACCCAGCCCAAGGCUCAGUCCCUCCGGCAGCCCCUGCGGCGCCAGUCCAUCUACCAGUACCUCCAAGCCCGACCAGCCGACGCUCUACUGGUGGUGUCCCUUCUUCCAUGGAUGUCGCCGCAGCAACUUCCGUAGCGGCAGCGACUGUCGCAGGAGCAACUGCCUCUCGGCGGCCUGUAUCAGUGUAUAACGAGGCGCCCCCUCGAUCCAGUCAUCACGAGGAUUACUACCGAAGUCGCGAUGAUGAUCGGGCUCAGCGACAGGCUCGGGAGCCUGAUCGCAAGUAUGAUCCCAUUUAUGGCAGUGGUGAUUACUACGAUAAUGGAGUCACUAGCCGUGGUUUCGGUAUCCGUACGGACUCAGCUCCCGUGGGCGGCGAUUUCGAAGACCGACGUAGAGAGGCACGACCCGAGUCUCGAAAUGGUUAUCGCCCAGACUCACGCACUGGAUAUAGACCAGAGUCGCGCAGCGGUCCCCGGCCAGAGUCUCGAAGUGGUCAUCGAACAUCUCCUCCGGAUGUCAAGAGAGGAUCCGACGAUGAUGCCAAGCGCCGAGACGAAAAGGAUCGCUCCAAGCGUGAUUCAGCCCGCCUCGAGACGGACAAAGAUCGCCAUCUGCGGCGGACUAGCACAGCUAAUGAGGACGAAGCCGAGAAGAAGCGCCUGCGUGAUAAGUUGAGUGCAGGACUUGGUCUUGCCGCCACAGCGAUUGGCCUCGGCUCAGCCGUGAAGGAGAAGGAGAAGGACAAGGACAAGGAGAAGGACGAGCGCCCCGAAAAGUCGGAGCGGGAGUCCCGGGAGCCUCGGCGCCGAAGCGAUGAAGAGGAUCCUGGAGCGCGUGCUGCCGAGAGAUACAAGCCUCGGGAGGAGUCUCGGGACCCUCGUGAUCGUGCACCCGUCAUUGUUGAAACUCGCAGGGCCGCUGCCGAGCAAGAGGCUGAUGUCCGUGAUCGCGAAAAGGAGCGUGAAAAAGAGCGCGAUCGAGAGCGUGAGCGAGAGCGUGAUCGUGACCGCAAUCGCCGGGAUGCUGAAGCCAAGCUCACGGGCGAUUCUACAGCUGCACAACGAGAUGUGUCCCCGGAAGAUGACGAGCAAAAGUCGAGGCGUCCUAAGCGGCAGAUUGGCUUCAAUCCUACCAACACCAACGAUAUUCGGGAAUUGAAGGAGCAACUGGCAGCCAUGAAGGAUGACAAGCCAGAAAGAGUUCCCGUUCCUGUUGACAGGUCAGACCGCGUCGACCGGUCGGAGCGCUCAGAACGUCCAGAGCGGUCGGAGAGAUACGAACGAUCCGACCGAUUGGACAGGCCCGAACGAUCUGAAAGAGAUGAAAAAUCAGACAAGCAAACAUACGCUGAUCUUCCGUUCCGCGAGCCACAUAAAGAGCCGAAGGAACGCACACCUUCACCCAAGAAGGAGUCACCGCCACCAAAGAGAGAAUCGCCCGUCUCACUCCCUUCAGCCGACUCAAUCGUUACUUCAUCCAGAGAUGAACAUCGCGACCGUGACCGCGACCGCGACCGCGACCUCACACCGCCUCGCGACGAGAAGCAGGUCCGCGUCGUGUCUCCGCCUCGCGACAAGUCAGACGCAAAGCCUCUCAAGGGUAUCUUGAAGGCACCCAAGAAGUAUCCUGAAGAGGACAACCCAAUUCGUGAGGGUGUGGCACCUCACAAGGAUGACAAGAAACUGAGGGAAGUUCCCCCUGGUGCCCGAUGGACCAAGAUCAGCCGGAAGAUCGUGAAUCCUGAGGCCUUGACCGUUGGCAAGGAGCGGUUCGAAGUCAGAGACGACUUCGUCAUUGUCCUUCGCGUUCUCAGCAAGGAGGAGAUCCAGGCCUAUGCCGCCGCAACACAGGUCUUGAGAGAACGGAGACGUGAAGAGACUGGUAAGGACCGGGACCGCGGCGAUCGCGACCGGGACCAGGAUCGAGGCCGUGACCGCGAUGGCGAAGAUGACGACAAGCGGAAGCAUCGUCAUCACAGGAGAGAAGACGGCGAUGAUGACCGGUACGACGAGGAGCGCGACAGAGAGCGCCACCGCAGGCAUCGUCGAGACGAAGACGAGUAUGAGGACGACUCGAGACGACGUGAUGACCAUCACCACCGCCACCGAGAGCGUGACCGCGAGACUCUUGCCAUUGAGGGCUGAUGAGUACGGCGGGGGCAGAUGUAAGAGGAAGCAUGUAGCAGGAGAUGAUGAUACUUGUAUUCGCGGAGCUUUGGUUAUCUAACGGCAGCAUUGGACGAGGAGCCCUUGAAAGCGAGAAGCGUAUCUUUUCAUUGAAUUUAUACGUCCUUUUUAUUUGUUUUCACAGAUUUGGGAAAGCGAGAGAUAUUUAUGACUUUCACGUGUGGAUUGAUUGGGCCCAGCGGCUAUCAUGUCAAUUUCAGAAAAAGAAAGUAUCAUUGGAUUUGCAUAUGAUACAUUCCGUCCACUUUUUUCCGUGCUUGGCCAUGAACGAUUGACGCCUCUGGGAAGGAGAAUGGGGUCCCGAAGGAGUGAGAUCAGAGGUUCUGGAGGGUUGUAGGGCCCAGAAAUAAUGGUCUCGUGAGGUGGUUUGCGCGAACUGGUCUUGGAGUUGGCGCGAACACCAUUACGCACGGAGGUUAGCUCCACGGGUGAGGGGUUUCGUGCUCGGUCUUGUCCGGAGGUGUGUGGCCGGCCGGCUGGCUUCUUGGGGCGACUUCAAGAAGAAGGCGUUGCGGGAUGAGCUUGGGAGGCGUCACUUUGGAUUUCACGAUUUGUUAUGCCUUUUCUUCUGCUUCCUCAUGUCAGUUUUAAACUGACUGAACGACUUGAGUAUGCUUUCAUUGUUUUCGUUAAGUGAAGUUGCGUGAGGUUGAGAAAGCAGUUAAGGAGCGUGACUGGUUGAUGGGUUUGGAGAAGGGGUUCGAGGGCUCAUCGAAUCCGUGUCGGCCGGGGGCAUUUCCUGUCCAUGUGCCUUGCCUCACUACGACUAACCAGCUCUAGUCACAUCAUUCUCAUAGUAUCUUGACAGAGAUACGAUCGUCUGGCUGGUUCUAGUUCGGGGCUGCUUUGAUAUUACGUUGAGUUGCAUCGCUUGACACUCAUUUACUUCAAUGAUGUGGUAGUUAAAGAACGCCGGGUUUGGAAGUCAUGGAGAAGGUAGCGAAACAGAGGCAUUACGUAUGUUUCUUGAUGAAGGAUUUCACCGGAGCUAUUGUCUAUGGGAAGAUCGAUAAGGUGCAAGAUGAAGAUAGCGCCAGAUGAAGAGGUAUAACACAAAGCCUUCCUGUCCGGGAGCCCCCCUGCCCUCCGGCCGGGUGUGGGUCUACGAAUAUACGGACGCGGAUGCGGGACCUCCGAGAGGACCGAGACACACUGCUUCACGAUCCACGUCCUUGUCAUAGAUGGGCUGGAUUUACCAUUGUGGAAAAGAAACGCGUCGCGCAGCUCGAGGAACUCUGCGCGCUUCGCCAAUGACAAAGCCUACAGGUCUUUGGCCUUGAGGUCGAUACGGCGAGAUGGAUGUGGCUUUAUCUUAGACUGAUCGGGGAACGAAGAUGGGGUUGAUGCGCCGGUCGCCUUCAGGCGCGCAACGUCGUGGCUGCUAUUGUUGGCGGUUUUGCUCGUGAAAAGCCCUCUGGAAUCUAUGUCGGACUCUCAUCUGGCUCGAAAAAGAGAGUUUCGAACAAGGAAUCGUUCUGUAUUGUUGGGUUUCUAGCACUCAUCCC